GCGCUCAGCCGCCCGCCCGCCGGCGCCGCGCUCGCUGGCCUCCCCCCGGCCCCUCCCCCGCUCGCCGUGGUCUGGCCGCUUCUGGCCGGCGGCCCGCGGGCGGGCCGCCCACCCCACUUGUAGCCCACCCCCCUCUUAAAGCGGCGGCGGGAAGAUGAGGUUUCGGGAGCCGCUUCUCGGCGGCAGCGCCGCGAUGCCGGGCGCGUCCUUGCAGCGGGCCUGCCGCCUGCUCGUGGCCGUGUGCGCGCUGCACCUCGGCGUCACCCUCGUCUACUACCUGUCCGGCCGCGACCUGCGCCGCCUGCCCCAGCUGAUCGGAGUUACCACGCCUAUGCAGGGUGGUUCGGACGCCGCCGCCGCCAGGCAGCCCUCCGGAAAUCUCGGGCUCCGAGGGGCCCCGCCGCCGCCGCCUUUAGGCAUCGCCUCUGAACCGCGCCCGGAUCGCGACUCCAGUUCCAAAGCAGACUCUCGCACCAGCCCGGGCCCCGGCCCUAGCCGCGCGAACAACCUGACUUUGGCCUCAUUGCCCCUCAUCACGGCGCAGCCAUUGCCCGCUUGCCCUGAGGAGUCCCCGCUACUCGUGGGCCCCAUGCAGAUUGAGUUCAACGUGCCCGUGGACCUGGAGCUUGUGGCGAAGCAUAACCAGGAGGUGAAGGUCGGUGGCCGCUACUCCCCCAAGGACUGUGUCUCUCCUCACAAGGUGGCCAUCAUCAUCCCGUUCCGCAACCGGCAGGAGCACCUCAAGUACUGGCUGUAUUACUUACACCCGAUCCUGCAGCGCCAGCAGCUGGACUACGGCAUCUAUGUCAUUAACCAGGCUGGAGAUUCCAUGUUCAACCGUGCUAAGCUCCUCAACAUUGGGUUUCAAGAGGCCUUGAAGGACUAUGACUACAACUGCUUUGUGUUCAGUGACGUGGACCUCAUUCCAAUGGAUGACCAUAACGCCUACAGGUGUUUUUCACAGCCACGGCACAUCUCUGUAGCAAUGGAUAAGUUUGGCUUUAGGCUACCUUAUGUUCAGUAUUUUGGAGGUGUCUCUGCUCUAAGUAAACAACAGUUUCUCACCAUCAAUGGAUUUCCUAAUAAUUAUUGGGGCUGGGGAGGUGAAGAUGAUGACAUUUUUAACAGGUUAGUUUUUAGAGGCAUGUCUAUAUCUCGCCCAAGUGCGAUAGUUGGGAAGUGCCGGAUGAUUCGCCACUCAAGAGACAAAAAAAAUGAACCGAAUCCUCAGAGGUUUGACCGAAUUGCACACACGAAGGAGACAAUGCUCUCUGACGGUUUGAACACACUCACCUACCAGGUGCUGGACAUCGAGAGAUAUCCGUUGUAUACCAAAAUCACAGUGGACGUUGGGACACCAAGCUAGCACUUUGGUACACUCAUAAGAGACCUGAAAAUGGCCAGAGACCUCUGCUGCGUCUCUUUGCCAAUCUGCUGGGCCGGUCCCUCUCUCAUUUUUACCAGUCAGAGUGAUAGGUCUCCCUCACUUGUCAUUCAGAUGCCUUUCCAGAUGACCAGGACGAGUGGGAUAUUUGGGCCCCAGCUUGGCUCGCAUGUGACUUCUUAGCUCUUCGUGGUAUUUGUAAGUGUAGAAACUGUCAGCAUUUGGGGGUUCUUGGCAUGUUCCUGGUGUCGCCCCAAAGAGUCAGAGCUGUACAUGGCCAAAAAUUUGGUGACUGUGGGACUCAUUCCCAGCAGUAACACUGCUAAAAUUGUUGUGAAAUAGGUAAGCAUUUUGCUUUAAAUUGUGGUAUUAUUAUUUCGUGAACGAUUGGAUAGUGCUGCUGAAAUUAGACUGCUGUGAUAUUUUUUGGUUGUCAUAUUUUAACAAAAAAAAGUGUAAUUUCAACCAUUCUCAUAUUUUCCUCCCCCCAACUUCUUUCAGUGGUAUGCAAAUAUUACAAUCACUAUGUGUGUGUCUUUUUUUUAGCAAAAUAAUUUAAAAACUUGAGCCUUGGACCCUUUGCCCUGCUAAAGUGUGAAUUCCAAGGCAAAUUUAGCCAUCAGAGCAAAAGCCUCGGGUGUUCUCACAUUCGGUGGCCAGUCUCCAAAUUGUCUGAUUUCUGAAUGUAAAGUUUGUUGUUGUUUUUUUCUUAAUAGCAGUUUGUGGUAUUUUAAAGAAAGAACAAAUCGGGUUCGAAUUAUGAUCUCUCUUCAUUUUUGUGUUGAUCCAAGUUUGCAUAUAGGUAUUUAGUAUUCUGAGUCAUGACAAUUUAUUUUUCUGGGCAUGCUAUGUAAACUUGAAUUUCCUAUGUAUUUUUAUUGUGGUGUUUUACAUGUGGGGAGGGGAUUGAGCAUUUUUUUAGGGGGAAAAAAAAUACUGUAUGCUGUAGUGGCCAUGACUGGCCUCUGAUUUUGCUGGCAGGCCAGGCUAUGUGAAAAGCAAACUCACCUUGUGAUCCGUUGAUGACGUCAAGGCCUCUGAGUCGGCGUUAUCUUGCUGAACCCUCUUGGGCAGGGACUCUGCCCACACCACUGCCUGUGCUUGCUGGGCAGAGCUCCCCACUCCCCAACCCUCCCCAGGCGGGCAGGGGUAGGGGGACCAACAACCUCCUCUGACCUCCUAUCAGGCCCCAAGCCUGUGUGGUUGUAAAUAACAGCAAUCAGGUUGCUUACUACCCCCCAGUGCCUCCCCAGGCAGGGGGAGUUGGGGAAACCUUCCCAGCAGGUAGAGGCUGGGGGUCACCUUCCUCGGAGGCUCCCUGGCCAGGCUCCCUGGCCCUAGUCCCUUGGCUCACCCUGCAUUACCUGUUCUCCUCCCCUCCCCUUCCGUUCUUCUGCCUUUUUCCUUCCUUCUUCUCCCUUUCUGUUCCUUCACUCUUGCCUGUUCCCUAAAACUUGCCUGUGGCACUCAGGGUCAAACAGACUAUUUGUUCUCCAGCGUGAAUGUGCCUUUUAAUUAGAGAUCUAGAAAGAAGUUCAGUUGAACCCACACCCCUUCUCCCACACAAGGACUCUGGUGCCUAAAGCCUCCCGCUCCCCAUUUUUAGCUGGUGCUCCCUCCCAGCAAGUGCCUUCUCCAAACCCGCCUCUUCUGGGAGAUGUUUCUCCUGCCUGGGGGAGAUGGCACGAGGCAGUUCUUACCACUCAGCGCCCUUGCUGGGCCCCGCCUGGGCAAAAGUCAAAAGAUUCAGCUGCUCUACCCCAGGGGUGAGCCCUGGUGGCUUGGGGCAUCCUGGACCCACACCACUGUCCUCCUGGGUACCAGCCCUCCAUGUGGAGCCUGAGCUGAUGCCUGGCGCCGAUCUUACCUGUGCCUUUAAUGCUUUGAGCAUCUCAGAAGCUAACUUGAUUCUUUUUUCGAGAAGCCUUUGUGUUGGUUAAAAAUUCUUCCCCACUGCAGAAUCAGCUGGACUAUGCAGAGUAUUCCUUCUGCCGGUUCCCCACUCUUUAAUAAGAAGGGUCUUAAAAGUAGGAAUGACUACACCGUGAAGUUUUGGGAAAUGCAAAGAACGAAGGCCUCCUUUUUGUCCCUAGGUCCUGACUUAUCCAAAGUGCCUUAAAAGAAAGGAGAUAAAUGCCCUGGGUGGAUACUUCUUUGUAAUUUACUUUAUUCUUGAACAAAAUUCUGAGUUUUCUUUUUUCUUUCCUUUUUUUCCUGUUACAUUUUCCUUCAUGUUCCUUGGAAUAAGUCAAGCAUGUGGUAUCAUUCUCAGAACCAGGGGAAAUACUGCUUCACCUGGCCCCCCCAUUGGCUGACCUCCCGGUGCCCUCGCAGGGCCUGCGUGGGCUGAAGCACAUGCCUGUUAGGCCUGGAUGUGUGCCUCGCCCAGGGGUGCAGGUCCUGUUUCCACCAGGGAGUUCAGGGCUGGGGGUUCGGGAAGCAUGCCCAUCACCUGGGAGCUGUGACCAAGAAGUUGUCAUGAGCUGUGCCUUUCUCUGUUUCUGUCCCUCCGUUGCUGGCAACCCUGUUGAAAUGGCCUUCGGGAAACAUCAGAGGGCAUAGGUGGCCCGGAAGGCUAAAGUAAAUGCUGGUGCUGGGUCUCAGUGUGGGCAGGGUCUCUGCUGGCGUCCGGGCCGGGGGUGGGGGGCCCCAUGCAGCCAGGACUACAGUAUUCUUGUCCCAGAGACCUGUUUUGCUGUGUAUUUUGACUUCCCAUGUAUGCAAAUGUGUGUAUUUACCAUUGUAAAUGGGGGGGCGGGGUGAGUGUCUGUCCUUGGUGUUCAAAACAGACAAGAACUGUAUUUUUGCCUUUAAAAUCCAGUAAUAUAACGUGAAUAAAUGACCCUAUCUUUGUAAA